GCAGCGCAUCAACGCUUCAAGAGAUGGUGAAUGUCGCAUCUAAAUAUGUCCCAGCCAAAGGGCUCAAGUGUCAAUUUGUAUCAGUGCCGUCUACACUCGCGCUGAAAGAUCACUUAGUUGGCAUUGCUGAAAGCAUAAAAAAGCAUCAGCCAACUCUUAUCAGGGGUUAA